GUGUAAUCUUUUCCCUCCGCUGCAAUUGCAUUUUGCUCUACUCCAACUCUCUCUAUCUAAAUUACUCCUAAAAUCGAUUGAAUAUGGAUUUGUUAGUGGAUCCUGUGAAGGCCCAGUUUUUUUGUUCCAAAAUUUACCCACCUCUAUUCUCAUCUUGUUCUUCACUACAAUUUCAAUCCUCUCGUCCCCGUUUGAAGUCACAGUUCGCCACCAGAAAAAUCAGGGUUCGCUUAGAGUACGACGACAAAAUCAAUGGUGCUCUUUAUGAUGAUUCAGACCCUCGUUUUCUUGACCGACAAAAAGCACUAGAAGCAGCAAUUAACGACAUAAAUAACUCAUUUGGAAAAGGAAGUGUUACAAGAUUGGGCAGUGCUGGUGGAGCUCUGGUUGAAACUUUUCCAAGUGGCUGUUUGACAUUAGACUUUGCCCUAGAUGGUGGCCUACCCAAAGGGAGAAUUGUAGAGAUAUAUGGGCCAGAAAGUAGCGGAAAAACCACCAUGGCACUCCAUGCAAUUGCAGAAGUGCAGAAGUCAGGAGGCAAUGCCAUGCUUGUUGAUGCAGAGCAUGCUUUUGAUCCAACCUAUUCAAAAGCGUUGGGAAUAGAUGUAGAAAAUUUGAUUGUGUGCCAACCUGAUAAUGGGGAGAUGGCAUUAGAGAUUGCCGACCGUAUGUGUAGAUCUGGUGCCAUUGAUCUCAUCUGUAUUGAUUCCGUCUCAGCUCUCACUCCACGAGCUGAAAUUGAAGGUGAAAUUGGGAUGCAGCAAAUAGGUCUGCAAGCACGUCUUAUGAGCCAAGCUUUGCGUAAAAUGUCAGGAAAUGCCUCCAAAGCUGGAUGUACUCUGAUCUUCCUAAAUCAAAUAAGAUACAAGAUUGGUGUAUAUUAUGGAAAUCCUGAAGUCACCAGUGGAGGAAUUGCUUUGAAGUUUUUUGCAUCAGUUCGUCUUGAGAUACGUCCUAUAGGGAAGAUAAAGUCUGUUAAAGGGGAUGAAGACAUUGGGCUUAGGGUUCGUGUAAGAGUCCAAAAGAGUAAGGUAUCAAGGCCAUACAGGCAAGCUGAAUUUGAAAUUAUAUUUGGCGAGGGAGUGAGUAAACUGGGUUGCAUUUUGGAUUGUGCUGAAAUGAUGGAUGUUGUGUUAAAGAAGGGUUCUUGGUAUAGCUAUGGGGACCAAAGGUUGGGACAAGGAAGAGACAGGGCGCUACAGUACUUGAGAGAGAACACUCCUCUUUCCGAUGAAAUUGAGAAGAUUGUUCGUUCCAUGAUGGUAGAAAGAAUUGGACAAGCAGGCACUCCUGGUGUGAAGCAAUUGCCACCACAGCAACAAGAUGAAGAUAUUUAUGAAGAGGUACAAUAAGAUGAAACUACUUCUGAUGCUUCAAAGUUUUGAAUUGUGCGAGUUGGAGAAUGCUGUCAUGGAAGCUGAAAGAGAGAGGGACAACGAGUUAGUCCUCCCUUUGUGGGUUGGUUUGAUGAGUCAACAUAAUUCUUCCACUAUCCCAUUCUGAGGGAGGAAAAUUAAAAUUUCUUCAUUUCCGUACCACACAGAUGCUGUUGGAAAUUCAAUUCAGCACGCUUUUUGUCUGUAUUUGUGCUCCGUAUGUAAAAGGAGAACUAAUGUUUGGCUAACCAUUGUAAGGAAUUCAAAGAGUACUAGUAAUAUCUCAGUAUUUUAUCAGUAUGCUUUAAAGUCCAAAUUCUUUUGAGAGCUUCAUUUGCCUUUCUUUUUUGCUUUAGAUGUUAAAGUUCUCUUUAUAAUGUUGUCCCGUAAGUCUUGAAAGGUUUUCUAGUUUCUCUCCUGAGCCUUGGCUA